CCUGGGAACAAAUGUCAACUCGGCAUCUUCUCGUUGAAAGAGAAGGGGGAAGGGCAGCAACACCACUGCGAAGUAAGGUAUUGUCCCCUUUAACAAUGAGAAACAAAAAUUUGGGCCCUGACUUCUAACAAACGCAAACAUAUAACGUGAAUGAUGCUCCUUCAACAUCAGCUUCAGUUAUUUUACUUCAUUUCCCGCCAUUACAUUUUAUCAAAGCCACGCCUGUUCUCGUUUCACUGUCCACUAACCAAACAAUCAUGCAUCUCUCGUCUCAAAAACUGCAAAUCCAUGAAUCACCUUAAGCAAAUCCAAGCCCAAACCUUCCUACUUGGCCUGCACCAAGACAGCCACACUCUCAACAAGCUCAUAGCUUUUUGUACGGACCCAUCUCUUGGAAACUUCCAAUACGCUGAAAGAAUCUUCAAUCUCAUUCAAUACCCAUCUUUGUUUAUAUACAAUGUGAUGAUCAAAACGUUUGUGAAAAAGGGUAGUCAUAAAAAUGCAAUCUUGGUCUUUCAGAAGCUCAGGGAACAAGGUUUGCAGCCUGAUAAUUUUACCUACCCUUUUGUUUUUAAGGCGGUUGGAAGCUUGGGAGAGGUUUUUGAAGGUGAAAAGAUUCAUGGGUUGGUGGCAAAAUCUGGGCUUGAAUUUGAUGCUUAUGUCAUUAAUUCUCUUAUAGAUAUGUAUGUUCAAGUGGGUCUGGUGCCUUAUUCAAAGAAGUUGUUUGAUGAAAUGCCUGAUAGAGAUGUGGUUGCCUGGAAUGUGUUGAUUUCUGCGUUGGUUAAGUGUGGGAAGUUUGAAGAUGCUGUGAAUGUUUUUGGAUUGAUGAGAAAAGAGGGUCUGGUUAAGCCUAAUGAGGCUACAAUUGUUAGUACUCUUUCAGCUUGCACGGCAUUGGGUAGAUUGGAACUUGGCAAGGACAUUGACCGUUUUGUAGGUGAGGAACUUGAAUUGACUAGUAUAAUAGGGAAUGCUUUGUUAGACCUGUAUUGUAAGUGUGGUUGUCUAGAUAUCGCUAGGAAAAUUUUUGAUGAGAUGCCGAGUAAGAAUGUUAAUUGUUGGACUAGUAUGGUGUCUGGCUAUGUAAACUCUGGUCAGCUGGACGAAGCUAGACAGUUUUUUGAGAGAAGUCCAGUUAGGGAUGUAGUUCUUUGGACAGCUAUGAUUAAUGGUUAUGUGCAGGUCAACCGUUUUCACGAGGCAGUGGAACUUUUUCAAGAAAUGCAGAUUCAAAGGGUCAAACCAGAUAAGUUUGUUGUGGUUUCUCUCCUAUCAGGUUGUGCUCAGUUGGGAGCUCUCGAGCAAGGGAAAUGGCUUCAUGGAUACCUUACUGAAAAUAGAAUUGUUGUAGACAUUGUGGUUGGUACUGCUCUUAUAGAAAUGUAUGCAAAGUGUGGGUGCAUAGAGAAAGCUUUGGGGAUUUUCUAUGGGUUGAGUGAAAGGGAUACUGCCUCUUGGACUUCAAUUAUAUGUGGGCUUGCAGUUAAUGGGGAGACAAGCAAGGCACUUGAGUUAUUCUCGGAAAUGAAACAAACUAAAGAAAAACCUGAUCAUAUCACCUUUAUUGGUGUUUUAAGUGCUUGUAAUCAUGGAGGAUUGGUUGAAGAAGGUCGGAGGGUUUUUGAUUCCAUGUCAAAAGUGUAUCAGAUUGAGCCAAAGUUGGACCACUAUGCUUGUCUAAUUGACCUACUUGGUCGAGCUGGACUGUUAGCUGAAGUAGAGAAGUUGAUAGAUGAUAUACCAAGGAAAGGUGGUGAAAACAUUGUGCCACUUUAUGGUUCCUUGCUUAGUGCUUGCAGGACCUAUGGCAAUGUUGAGAUGGGAGAACGGAUGGCUCGACGGCUAGUAGAAAUUGAAUCAAGUGAUUCCAGUAUUCAUACACUUCUGGCCAACAUCUAUGCCUCUGCUGAUAGAUGGGAAAGUGUAACAAAGGUUAGAGCAAAUAUGAAAGAUCUUGGAGUCAGAAAGGUGCCUGGCUGUAGCUCAAUCAAAGUGAAUGGUGAAAUAACUUGAAAAUGAAACAGUCUCUUGAGCAUAUACAGCCUCAAUAGGGGAUUGCAUUGGCAUUUCUGGAAUUUCCGGAAGUUGCUUAAUGCUAUUUUUUGCUUAGCUAGGGAAGAAGCAUGAAUGGAUUCUUAAAAUAUUUGCUAGUAGAGGAAUCAAGUUGCUUUUACAUCAAAUUUUGCAAGAAGAGGCAAUUGAACUGCUGGUUGGGUAUCUUGUUCAAGCAGGUUUUCAGUAUUCUGAGCAAGUUGCAACAUUUCUUCGGUGACAAAGGAGAAAAUAAAUGUUAAGCACACUUAAAUUUGUUCAAAGAGGAGUCUAUGGAGGCCGCCACAUCAUCCAACAAGGUUGGAUCCAACAGAAUCAUUUCAUGAUCUUGUUAAAAUUUUGUAUCAGAUAUAGAAGUUAGUUAUCACCUCAAUAUUACAAAAAAUUAUGAGUUUACAUUUGUCAAUUAACUCUGUGCAGACAAUUGCAUAUUGUUCAUAUUCUUAAGACUAUCUCUUUAUCCCCUUUAUUUAAAAAUUUUAAAAGAGUCAAAUUUCCUUCUCUCAUUCAGUUUACUUCUUAAAUGGACAAGUAUGGAAAACUGGGUUUUCCAGCAUGUGAGUUUUGACUGAAAUCUGAAAACUAUUGUUUAACGAGUACCAUUUGGGUCUAGUAUUAACAGGGAAAUCUAUAUUGAAAACAUAUUUUUGUUAGGACCUUUUGCAAAUA